CGGCUCGGCGGCGGUGGCGGCGGCCGCCGGAAGCGGCGCGGGGCCGGCGGCUGCAGCGCGGUGCGGCGGAGCGGCUCCGGAGCUAGCCCGCAGCCACUCCGGAUCCUUCCCUCUUCCCUCGCCGCGGCUCGGCCGUCCCCAUGAGCGGGCUCCGAGCGCUCCGCGGCGCGGCGGGGACGCCGCUGCCGACCUGCCUGCUCCUGCUGGGGCUGCUCCUGCCGGGGCUGCUCCUGGCCGCUGCGGGCGGCGAGCAGGAGGCGGCGGCGAGCGGGCGGCGGGGGUCGCGGGCGGGCGGCCCCCCUGCCUCCUCCUCCUCCUCCUCUGCGGCGGACACCGCGGCGGUUGUGGCAGAUCCCUGCAGUUCUCUCAGCCCGCCGUGCUUUACUGAGGAGGACCGAUUCAGCCUAGAAGCUCUCCGCAUGAUACAUAAGCAAAUGGAUGAUGACAAAGAUGGUGGUAUUGAAGUAGAUGAAAGCGAUGAGUUUUUAAGGGAAGAUAUGCAGUAUAAGGAUGCCUCUAAUAAACAUAGCCACCUACACAGAGAAGACAAGCAUAUUACCAUUGAGGAUCUAUGGAGACGCUGGAAAACAUCUGAAGUUCAUAACUGGACUCAAGAGGACACCCUUCAGUGGCUGUCAGAAUUUGUUGAAUUGCCCCAAUACGAAAAGAAUUUUAGAGACAGCAAUGUCAAUGGAACAACGCUUCCCAGGAUAGCAGUAAAUGAACAUGCUUUCAUGAUCUCUCACCUCAAAAUAAUUGACCGGAGCCAUAGACAGAAACUUCAGCUGAAAGCCUUGGAUGUUGUUUUAUUUGGACCUCUCACACGUCCCCCUCACAACUGGAUGAAAGAUUUUGUAUUAACAGUUUCUAUAGUUAUUGGUUUUGGAGGCUGCUGGUUUGCAUAUACCCAGAACAGAACCUCCAAAGAACACAUCACAAAAAUGAUGAAGGACUUGGAAAGUCUCCAGACAGCAGAACAAAGUCUUCUUGACUUGCAGGAAAGGCUUGAGAAGGCACAGGAGGAGAAUAGAAAUGUAGCUGUGGAAAAGCAAAAUCUGGAGCGCAAAAUGAUGGAUGAGAUCAAUGAUGCAAAACGAGAAGCUCAUCGCCUAAGGGAGUUGAGGGAGGGAGCUGAAUGUGAGCUCAGCAGGCUCAAAUAUGCAGAGGAAGAGCUAGUACAGGUUCGCAUGGCUCUAAAAAAGGCUGAGAAGGAAUUUGAGCUGAGAAGUAACUGGUCUGUUCCUGAAGCUUUACAGAAGUGGCUUCAGUUAACACAUGAAGUUGAAGUACAAUAUUACAAUAUCAAAAGACAGCAUGCAGAAAUGCAAUUAGCAAUCGCCAAAGAUGAGGCAGAAAAGAUAAAAAAGAAGAGAAGCACUGUAUUUGGAACAUUACAUGUUGCACACAGUUCCUCACUGGAUGAAGUGGACCAUAAAAUCCUUGAAGCAAAGAAGGCACUCUCUGAGUUGACAACCUGUUUACGAGAGCGUCUUUAUCGAUGGCAACAGAUUGAGAAGAUUUGUGGUUUUCAGAUUGCACACAACUCUGGGCUACCGAGCUUGACCUCCUCUCUAUACUCUGAUCACAGCUGGGUAGUUAUGCCUCGAGUUUCCAUUCCUCCUUAUCCAAUUGCAGGGGGAGUUGAUGACUUAGAUGAAGAUACUCCUCCAAUAGUUUCACAGUUUCAUGGGUCCAUUGUAAAACCUCCCAGCACACUGGCAAGAAGCAGUAGCUUGUGUCGAUCAAGACGCAAUGUUGUGCCAUCAUCUCCACAGUCUCAGCAUGCUUUGCACUCCCCUGACCCUGACAUCCUUUCUGUGUCGAGCUGCCCAGCUCUUUAUCGAACUGAAGAGGAGGAGGAAGCCAUUUACUUCUCUGCUGAUAAACAAUGGGAAGUACAGGAAGCAGGUUCAGAAUGUGACUCCUUAAAUUCAUCUGUUGGAAGGAAGCAGUCUCCUCCAUCUAGUCUUGAGAUGUACCAGACACUUUCUCCUCAGAAAGUAUCCCGGGAAGAACUCUCACUGGAGGAAUCAUCUACAGGAGACUCUUCUUCUCUAACUGCAGAUAUAUCUAGGGGCUCUCCUGACUGUGUAGGCAUGGCAGAAACUAAGAGCAUGAUUUUUAGUCCUGCAAGCAAAGUUUAUAAUGGAAUCCUGGAGAAGUCCUGCAGCAUGAACCAGCUUUCAAGUGGGAUCCCAGUCGUAAAGCCUCGGCACACCUCGUGUUCUUCAGCCAGUAGUGACAGUAAACCCAGCCACGAAGCUUCUUCUGUCCCUAGGAUAAGUAGCAUCCCGCAGGACCUGUACCAAAAUGGUGAAAAAAACAAAAAGCCAUCAAAAAUAAAAAGCCUCUUUAAGAAGAAGUGUAAGUGAGGUUGGCAGAAGAAGCCUUGUAGUAAUGUUAUACGUACUGUUUUUUAAAUCUUUAGGAAUGUAAUUCCAUUUGAGCAUUCCAGACUGGAUGCGCUAAUGGAAUACUCUGUAGGUGGAUUCUAUUUAACUGACUCUGCUGUGUUUGUGCCAGCUGUCAAUGAGAAAUCAUUAAAAAUUUCAGACAGUUUACAUUCAUUUCUGCCUAUUUAUUUCUCUUUUUUAGUUUAUUCAUAAACCUUUUUUAAGCCACUUUGGACUUAAAAGCUUUAAUGAACUAGUAAGCCCUCCUGGGCUUGCCAAAGUUUCUUGUUUACCAGAGCAUCUUCCUAUCUUUCCAUAGAGCUACAACAUUUAUCUACUGGACUUCAAGAAAAAUAAAAGAACUAGUUGAAUUGCACUACUGUUUUACAGACUGGAAAAGUCUCUCUGCAAGUGAAACUGAAAGACUUGUAUUUGAGAAGAUGAAUCUUUUCACUUUUAGAUCUUUGGGGUUUUUAAGUAGAACCUAGAAUUUCUAAUUGACUUGAUUUCUGGAAAUGGAAAUGCCACGCUUUUAUUAUGGGAAGCUUUGUUAGAUGCAUUUAUUAUUAGAAUGGUUCAAGUCCUGCUGUAAAGAUCAUGUUUUUCCCAGGACUUUCACUGUGAUUUCACUUCACUGCAGGCUGUAUGAUAAAUAUAUAUAUAUAUGUAAUUUAACAAGAGAAGAGGCUCUUGAUUCCUUAUGCAAGUGACGGAUAUGAAACUUGACUGAGGACUAAAAACACUCACUCUUAAAACGAGGAGGUGGGGGUAGUAGCUUUUGUUUACAGACUGACAGACAAUGGACAUUCAGUUUGUAAAAGUUUGUACUGUGGUAAAGAUAAUAAAUUGGAAACAUUAUUGUGCUUGGGAAUGUUCCAAUUUUAGCUGAUGCUCGUUUCAGAAGUCCUGUUUAUUGAAAGCUGUUGUAGGCUACAUUGCUUAUGCUUACUGCUGUGUAUAAGUUAUUGUUAUAUUUUUUGGAUUAGCUAUUAAUGUCUUAAUGUUCUCCUUUUGUAAGAUUUCAUACACUUUAUUUUUGUAUAGUUUGAAGAUUUAGCUGUUCAGACGUCUGAAGUAAAUGGUAUAAUUUUAUAAUGCAUACUGUUAUACUAACUCAUAAUUUUAGAUACAAAUAUAGCUAUAAAGGUGAGACUCGACAUGCUUCAGAAAAAACAGUUUUUGUUGAGCUUUUAUAUGGAGAGAUGAAAUUACUAAGAGAUAAUAAGGAAGCCUUCUUAGGGCAACAGUAGCUAGUUGCUUGAAAACCAUUUUUUUUCCAACAGUUGGAGACAACAAAUGUACUGCUUGAGUAACAGUGCCUUUUAUUCAGUUUGUCUGAAAAUGUUAAUACUGAGCAGGAAUUUAUUUUGAGGUACAUUCCAAAGAAAUACUUCUUGCUCUAAUGAACACAAGCAAUUUACCCAGCAAUGACUAACUAGUUUCAGCUCUUCCAUAGGGGUAUGCUAGUUGCCUCAGUAACAGGUGCCACUGCCAGCAACCUGUGAUCAGGGGCUCAUUCCUCGCCAAUGUGUACAUGCUGUACUGUAUGAAAGAAUUAAUUCACUGAUUGCCUAAUCUUUUUUUGCUAGUAAGGAGCCUUCAACGAAACCUGUAGCCAAUUGAAAUUUCAUUGAUACAUUUUUUUCUAUAAUUUUCUAUUUAGGUUCCAUUGUACAUAAACGAUGUGUCAGUUCUGUCCUCAAUAAGUGGUGGUGAUGUUAACAGAAGCAUUUACUGUGGCUAGUGGAAUGGUUAGAAGAGGAGGGUUAGAAGAAGAGAUGGAGAUGCUACCUAUGCAAGUACCUUAAAAGUCCUGGAACAUUGGAUUCUUUCUGUUCUUAAUUCUUAAUUCUGUUCAGAAUUCAUCAGAAUUUUUUACUGUAUGAAAAUAAAUGUCAUCUAUAUAAAUAAGCAUAGGGCAAAUAAACGAUUUGGUAAAGUUUGGAGAAGAGACAAAUUGGUGGAAUAGUAAGUAAUGAAAUUAUAUUGUCCCAUUCUCUGAAUCAUUGAACAACUGUGGCUGCAAAAGUAGUCAUCACAAGGUAGAAAUUGUCUUUAAACUAAGACUGUGCACUCUGUACAUGUUAGACUGUCCAAGGGCAGCAGCUAUGCAAAAAGACUUGUGCCAGAGAAUCACCUCACUGCUGAGACUUCAGAGUUGUAGUUAAACGCCUGAUGAAAUACUUUAACCUGUACAAAGGGGAAAUGCAUAAAACUAAGGCACUUCUUUUGGCUCCAUAACAGCAUAGAAAAGAAUACUACCAAAAAUGUUCAAUUUUGAUGUCUGUGCUUGAGAAGGCUAUAGCAAUAAUAGAGUUUGAGGUCUGGGGCUCGAUAGUAGAUUUUGUGGUGUAACGUUUGAGUUCUGUCUAUCAUUACCAAAGAAGAUAAAGCAGUUUUUUGAUACUAGAGAGUAAAUAUGUACACAUGGGGGGAAGAAAAGUCUGGUACUGAGGAGUGGGAGGAUAGCACUUUCUUAGUCCUGACAUCAAAGUCAUGCAAGCUCAAAUACAGAGAAGCCAAAACAGACAAAUCCAGUGUUCUGUAGUAACAAAAACUGAAACAGAGGCAGUGGUAAGUUCUUCAUUAGCUGUGAAUUUUUGAAGUGUUAAGUGUCUUUUGUGAAAUACACAAUUUAACCGGCUUCUAGGGAAAAAAGAUGGCGUUGUACAAACAAAUGAAAUUAUCAUAGUGAUAGGUUUUGGCUUUAUCGUGGCAAACUUUUGGAGCACAGACUGCUCUCAACACUCAGUUUAUUACCAGCUGUCCUGUAACUAUAGCUGCUACUUAAUAAAUAUAGUAGAACUAAAAGCUUAAGUAAUAUGAUCAGAAGUAGUGAAUAUUGGAUGUUGGAGCAUAAACUGUAAUUGGCUUUAAGUUCAAAGAGCUUUUUUCAUUAUUUUAAUAGAGUCCUUAUACAUUUUGCCACCUUAAUUUGUCCACAAUCUAGGUGACUUGCAUUGCUGCUAUUAUGGCAAGUAGAAGUGUUUGUCUUCAAACCUUUAGCAUCUCUGUUCUUGUCUACUAGAAAAAAUAAAAUUUGGCUUCUACCCGUUUUUGGUAAGGUAGAGAAAGGAAAUGUAUGUAGAGAUCACUGAUAACCAGGAUAGAUCCUCACUGGUAGACAUCAAGUCCAGCCUUAACGCUGAAGUACCUGGCAUAUGUCAACAUCUCAGGAGCUGAUAUGCUUUAAAAGGUCCUCCAAGUUUUUCCUCUGUUUGCUUAAUGCAAGUUGAACCAGUUGGCAGUUACUGUCCACGAGGAUUUCUGUAACACAUUAAACAUCUGAGACGAUCUAAUGUCGUCAUCGCUUAUCAGCUCAAGACUUCCUAAGCUCUAAACUCAGAUUGGUUGUGAUCAGAGUAUUUUUUGAGUAUCUUUUUUUUCAGAGUAUCUUUUAUAGCCGAAAUACAUGUUUUAUUUUAAAUUCCUUGGUACUUUUUCAGAAGAUGAGGAUCUUUGCUUUCUUAAAGGUAUUGUUGAAGAAUCAAUAAAGAAUCAUUUGUCUGCACAGGGGCCCCUUUGUAGACACUGCCUAAAUGGUAACCUCUUCAGGGAGAAUCCUCUUAAGUCUUUCACCUGAAAGAGGAAGAAAUGUCAAGUAUGUGAUACUACAUCAAGAAGUGUACUGACAAAAAAAAAAAAAAAGGUUAAAAACAACAAACUCCCAACCUUCUGGAACCAAACUUUUCCCUAGUUCUCACUGAAGACUGAGAUUUUUCUCUUUCCUAAUAAUACAAGAAAUGUAGGAAAGUUAUUCCUGAUUGUGUGGGGAAUACUUUUGACUAGAUUAUUAUGAACCUUGAGAUUAAAGCAGUUGAUUCAUUUUCCGUGGUCAGUGAUGGAAUUUAAAGCUGCAUAUGUGCACUUCCAAGCAUAUCAGUACAUUUUUCUUUCCCUACUUCACUGAUACCUAGGCAGCAGAUUGCUUUCUGAUGGACAAUUUGCUGAAGCAGGGAAGCUUCUCCAUCAUAGUCACGGUUAUAAUGAUCCAUCCUCAUCUGGAAGCCUUGGAGAUGGUGAACCCAAGAAGACUUCAGUUGUGAUAUGUAUGGAUGCGAGCUUGAGUUAGGCAUUAAUUUUGUGACUGACUAAAAGCCUACAAAGACAAUUAGAAGUUAAGCUUUAUGGUAUUUUGCCCUUUCGCUUCUUAUUUUGCGGGAAAGGAAUGUGCACAGGAGAGAGAACCCCAAUUAGCAUUUCUCAUACCUCCAGCUUUUAGAGCUUCAGGAUAGUUUUAUUACAUUACCAAUAUACAUUACUAAAGAAGGAUUACUACCUUAAUUUUAUAAUGUAUGCAAAGAAGCAUUUAUUUUCCAUUUACUUACAAGCAAGGGAGAAGAAAGUAAAUGAGUGUUUAACUUUUUUUUUUUUUUUUUUUGAAGCCAAAUAGAGGAAUCACUGGUUCUUGGACCUCUUUACUACUUGCUUAUCUCCUUGUACAAUAUAAGUAUGAUGAACGAGAUUUUCUAAUCUGUUCUGGUUGCACUGACUGAGGUGAUGUGUGUUUGAAACACAGCUUGCUCAGAAUUUCUCUAGGCAUUUUAAUCCUGGGUAUUGCAUCUUCACUGAAUAAUGGUUAAGCCUGCUAAGGCUCUUUGAUUUCAAGUGCUGGUAAACUUUUCUGCUAGUGACUCUUAAACACUGACUUUUUGGUAUAACCAAUAACCAAAAAAGGCUUUUGCCUGUAGUGUUUGUGUGCUUGAUAGCAUGUAAAUGUUUAGGUAACAGUUCUUUUGAGGCUAUAGUGCCAAUUCAACAGUGUUGUACGCGUUUUCAGUAGUUGGCUUUCUAUUCAAGCCCUUUUUGAGUUGGUGCUGAAAUUCCACUUAGUCCUUUCUUGCAUAAGCAGAAUAUACUGAUUUGUAUAAAUUAAAACAACUUUAAACCGUUAGUCCCAGUUGCUCUUGCAUCUGACAUCGCUAGAGCGAGAUGGCAGCACUCACCGAUCUGCUGUCUUUCAGCGAUAAAACAGAUGCAUUCCAUUGUUUGCUCUCCAACUGAGAGUCCCAUGCUUACCAAAUCUAGAGCGUGUGCUCUGUGUAUUCGAUGCUUCUCUGAAAUGAAAAGUGGUUAGGUUGGCCUCAGAUGUUAAGGGCAGCACAGGGGAAAAAAUCCUUUUGCUCAUUGCAUAGGGUGAAAAAAAGUGCCAAGGUAUAUCACCUGCUUCUAAGUCACAAGACUAAAGAAUGCUUGCAAUUUAUAUUGCUGGAGAUGAGAGGUACAUUAAAUCUCAAAACUUUCAGAUCAGUGACUUUGUACAAGAAUUAACCUUCUGUAGAAAUUUGCAGGACAUUGACUUGACAUUUCCAAUCUAUUUUCAAUCCAGCAUUAAAUUUAGUAGUUAUAGCACUAACUUGUGAUUGCCAGAGCUCAGAGCUGUUUCAGAUAAUGAUUUCAGUAGUGUGUCUUAAAGCUGAUUUUGGCUUAGUACAUGUUGAAGAAAUCUGAAUUAACUCUUUCUCCUUUACAUUCCUUUUACUUUAAUUCAGCUCAGUUCUUUGUGAUCCCUCUACUGUUACAAAAUAAAUACAGGUACUGAUACUUGAUUAAUGUUUGUUUAGAAUACAUUUUUUUCAAUUAGUAAUUGUUAAUUACUAAUAGAUAAAUGAUAGAAUAGAUACUGCUUUUAAAGACUAAAUUGUGGUUGGAUAUAGUUGUAAAAACGCUGCUGUACUUCAGUUGAGCUAGGUACGGCAUUGACUGGUGCAAUUUCUGUAUGAAUGGUGAAAUUUUCCUUCUUAAUUUCUCCUUUGUAUCUUAACUUGAAGCUGCCCAAUUAUUUUCAGACUUGAAUUUGUUUAAGGUCAGUAUGUCUAGUCCUAACAAAGGUCGGCCAGUUGUCAGUCAUCAACUCAUUCUUACUGGAAUUAAUUAAAAGUGGUAUUCUGCAGAAACAAACAUCUUGAAUAUUUGUACUACCUUAUUAGCUUGUUAGAUGGUAGAACAGGUUCCCGGAGGUCUUCAGGUGGAAGGCAGAGAACUGAAGUGAACCACGUAACCUGUGUUCUUAGCUUUCAAAUCCAUCUCCCAAUAAGACUGAGUCUCCCCAGGGGAAUGUAGAUGUACUUACUGCUUGGAACUCUGUAGUUUAUUAUAUUUGGCUAUCUUAUUCUAAUAACUUGCAUGUGCGCUUUGCUUGCUUGCUUUUCAAUAGCUGACAUAAGCCAUGGGAGAUCUUAAGGGUUUGUUUAAAAUUUGGUGUUGGAGUGGGAGAAAUCUGCCAGCUUAUGGACUGACUUGAACAAAAAAAAUCCCAGCUCGUGGUUUAAAGGACUUGUUUAAAUAGUUCUUAAUGAUAUGAGUUGGAUAUUGUGUUUUCACACUGCACUCCUGCAAGCAACAAAAAUAAUUACAUUUAACCCCACAUUUUAGCAAGGCUAUUUGGGAGAUGUCUUUCCCUGCUUUUAUUUUCAAUUAAAAAAAAACAAACAAACAACAAAGAUUUAGUAGUGAGUGUUCAGCAUAUUAAUGCCUGACUGAAAAGACUAGCCGAAUUUGAGUGACUUGCAUUGUUUUUUUAAUUACAGCUUUAUAAAACUGUAGAUACUUGCAUAAAGCCCAUCAUUGGAUAUAGGUUGUUUUUCAGUGACAUAGCAAGAAGAGGACCAAGACAAGUAAACAAGUGCACAAUCUAAAUCUUUCUUAAAAUGCUUUACUGUUCUGGGAAGAUAUGUUGUCCUCCAUGCAGAUUCUGCUCUUCCUCUACUUGCUCUUAGCUGCUGUUUGUUUUCAUUAGCUGAACUAAAAUAAGAAACAAAGCCCUGAGACCGACCAGUUUGUCUCUCUAGUAUAUACACAAUGUACUUGCUUUUAACUUCAUCUACUGCAUGUUGUUAAUGCUGUACCCAGAUGCAGUUGGAGUAUUUCUUUGGUGUUGUACAGCAUGAUGCAUUUCAUUCCCCUUUCUAGUUUACCUCCCAUUGGCUAUAUAUUGCUUUACAACUGGAAAAAACUGAGUUUUUGGGAAUUGAGUCUGUUUGCAUAUAAAAUCUUUUUUUUUUUUUUUUUUUAAUUUUCCGUGAGUCUUAUGAGAAAUGUCCCGCUUGGAGAGUCUCAGACAGUAUUCUCCUGUGUUUAUUCAUGUUAUUUUGUUUUGUUUUAUAAGUGGAUAUUGAUUUCUGAUGUGUUGUUACACUUAAUGUUGAAUAAAUCUGAUUUCCGUUUUGAAAAGUGAAA